AUGCUCGACCUCAUACAAUCAUACACUGGCUGCCCUCCUGCCAACCUUCACUUCCUCCACCUGCCUCGCGAGACUCUCCUGCUAUAUCCGUUUGCAGACUCCAUCGCCAUUUUCAAUGCACACACUCUAGCUUUCGUUCGAGCUCUUGCCUUCUGGGAGGUCUUCCCAUCCACCCGUCAUAUCAACCAAUCGGUGCGAUGUCUGUCCGUCGAGAACACCAUGAAAUUGGUGGUCGCGUCCCUGGACCACCGUGUUGUCGCCUGGUCCUUGUCAGGACCUCAGAACGAUUACUGGCGCGUUCAUUCUUCACUUAAGCUUCCUGAUGACCAGCAAGUCACUGCGCUUGAUUGCAUAUCUGGUCUGCUCGCUGUCGGCACACGAUCUAGUCUAUCUGUGUACACCUUAAUCCUAGAGAAUGACCUGCCCACAUGGUCGUUAAAGUGGUCGUGCACUGUUCCUACUUUAUCCCGUGUGCGAUUCUCGCCGUCUCUAAUGUACAUGUCGACUACCUCCAUGCACGAAAAUGUAGUCCGCGUAUAUUUGACGACUACUGGACGCCAGACCCAAGCUAUUCCACACCCCCGUCUCGUAACCGAUCUCAAUUGGCGCAACUCCCCAUCCUCUAGUAGAGACGACCCCAUCCUCUAUACUGUCACUUCCGACGCAACGCUUCGAAUAUUCAUGCCAGUCUUAGAUGCGCCUCAGUACCUUCAACUUCACGCCGCUCUCGACACAUUCUCCUCAUUACCUUUCUCGAUCGCGUCACAACAGAGCAGCUCCGGUAUUUACUGGCUGGACCGUGAAGUCAUGGGGGCCGCACUCAAGUCGGUACUCUCCGACCCCGUGACCGCAGAAGAGGACGCACGACGACGACGGAUACGGGAAAUUGCAGAAGAGGGAUGGGACAUCUUCCUUCGUGUGCUAGGCGAUGGUUCGAUGGUCGUGCAGGGCGUCGCGAACAUCGACCGUCGACCACCCACGCUCCUGAAUCAGUUCACCCUCCUCCAAACGGCUCCAGGAAUACUACCUGGACCUCCUGGGCAUCUCUACGUUGUGCCGAACCCCGCAAAGGGGAUACUCACACUUGUCACCUCUCCACCUCUCGCAUCCUACGAGCUCUCAGUGCUUCUCUUCUUUGAUGCUCGAGCAGAGGGUCUAAGGAAAGUGGCAUCCGGGGCAGAGCACUCGCAUGCGGACGGUUCAGUCACGGAGGAUCCUCGAGCGGAGAUCGUGCGCUAUGUGAGGACACCAAACGGCGAGGGCGUCGGUUUGAUAUGCGCAGACGGGUGCGGGGAAGUCUGGGCUUACGACUGGGCCAAGACCAGGAGCUUGGUGAAAACGGGAAAAUGGUCCGCCGAAGAGACUGGACAUGUGGACCAUUUUGUCGUCAUCGAUGCCGGUCGCUACUUUGCCACGUACUCCUCCGAGACCGGCCUUGUCAUUCUCCACACGUCUCCGCCCGUCUCCCUCGCCGUCCCUUCAUUGAGUCUGUUGUUCGUGCUCUCGGCUCCCCACUCGCAGCCGGUGCGCACUCUGGUAGGGGUCACCGCUUCCCAGACAAUCCUCCUCGUUUCCGCCACUCUAUCCACCACGGCACCUUCUUUGACACUGUUCUCCGAGCUUUCCUUACCGUUCUCUACGCCGUCAAAGAUGAUUCUCCCUGUCGAUCCAAUGUCUUGGGUCGGACAAUUGCCUUCAGACACCCGCGCCGGAGAGCGGCACGGCGUGCUGCUGAGCAUAUCUGAAGAGGGAGAGCUCGCGUUUUGGGCUCCCGAGAACGACUUGUUGGUGCCGGCGGUCAACGGAGUUGCCUUGGCUGCAAAUGGCGCUGCAGCGGGAGCGGCGUGGAAGUGUACGGGGAAGGUGCGAACGGGCAGGAAAGGCAUCACGCGGGCACGCUGUAGCUCCGCGAAGAAGUCCUGUCUCGUCGUUCCCGGCCCUGAAGGGGAGGAGCUGACCAUCUGGGACUCCAAGGUAUCGGAGUUCUCCCUCGGACUCGAGUACCGUCAAGUCUUUAGUUUAUCGGACCCUGUGAAUGAUCUAGACUGGACAGCGACGCCGGAUAAUCAGUCUAUCCUCGCCGUCGGUUUCGCUCAUAGGGUCGAGCUGCUAUGCCAGCAACGCGCAACGUACUUCGACGAGACUCCGGGAUGGGGCGUGUGUUGGAGGAUUGACAUAGGAAGUAUGAUCCCUCAUCCGAUCAGUGACUCUAUCUGGCUGGCUCGAGGAACGCUGCUGGUCGGUGCAGGACAUCUCCAAUUCAUGUACGGCCAGAAGGGUCAAGUUGGCCCUAUCGAAUCGGAGAAAGAGAGCUUGUUCGAGCAUGUCGCGAGGCUGAACGGACCGCUGGAUGACUGGAACCCGCAGAUGAUUCUACAAUGCCUGCUUUGGGGCAAAAUCGAACUGGUGAAGAAGGUCGUCAUCAACCUCUCUCACAACGUCGAGUCCGGCAAGAGCAUACAUGAAUGGGAGAACCUUCCGAUUGAAGAAUACUUCCGGACUGAGCAUGAGACGGCUCGACCGGUCAAAGGGCCGCGCAAGCCGCAGCACUCUUUACUGUUCGACACUCUGGAUAGUAGGGAUGACCCCGACGAGGACCCCUUCUCCCCGCCAGCCAUUCAGAAGCUGCUCGAUCGCUUGGAGGAGAAACCGAUCCCUCAUCUUACCCCGAAGGAGCAUGCGUCUUUGCUUAUCCUUAUCCAGACAACGCUGGAAAUCGACCAACAGCGCCGCGCACUCGACCCGAAUGGACUUCGGUACCUCAUCUCCAUGCGCAACUUUUACAUACUGAAUCGUCGUGCCUCGGAACCGAGCACUCCAACGUCUACGGCCAAUGGCACUAGUGCUAUAGCAUCGGGUUUGCGUCUAGAACGACGCGAGCGGCUACGGUAUCGGGACAUGAUUUGGGCGUUUCACAGCGAGAGCCAGGAGCUGCUUCUCUCGACAUCCGUGGCCGCGUGCAGUCACGGCAAGAUGAGUUGGGCAGAUGCACGGGCGCUAGGCGUGUUCGUCUGGAUGCAAUCUCGAGACGCCAUGCGAGCACACCUAGAAGUAAUAGCUCGCAACGAGUACAUGGCCGGAGACAACCGCGACCCUACGGCAUGUAGCUUGUUCUACUUCGCGCUCGGCAAAGUCAAGCUUGUGCAUGGGCUCUGGCGGCAGGCGGCGUGGCACAAAGAACAGCAAGUGAUGCUCAAGUUCCUCAACAACGACUUCAAUGAGCCUCGUUGGCGCACUGCGGCGCAGAAGAACGCGUUCGCAUUGCUGAGCAAGCGCCGUUUCGAAUAUGCUGCGGCCUUCUUCCUUCUAGGCGGUAGCCUUAAGGAUGCCGUGAGCGUGCUCUUGAAGAACGUCAGGGAUUGGCAGCUGGCAGUCGCACUUGCUCGGGUGGUAGAGGGCGAUGACGGCCCCAUCCUACAAGACAUCUUGACCGGAACUGUCAUCCCGUUGGCCUUCAAAGAUGGAAAUAGAUGGUUAGCGAGUUGGGCAUGCUGGCUGCUUCGCCGACGUGAUCUCGCCGUUCGGAUUUUGGUGAAUCCACUGGAGGACGUAGCAUCUGCUGUGGAUGCUAACAUCCCCGAGAUCGGCGACCCUCACUACGACGACCCAAGUUUGGCCUUGCUCUUUUCGCAGCUGAAGUCGAAAACGCUACAGACCGCGCAGGGCACCAGCGAGAUCUCUGGUCGCACCGAAUUCAAUUUUGUCUUGCAGAUCGCACGCGUUUUCUGCAGAAUGGGUUGUCAUGCGCUCGCGCUGGAUCUCGUACGAACAUGGUCAUUUGAGAGACCAUCGACAGUGGUCAGGGACAGCCGAGCCCUUCACCCACCGAGCCCCAUCUCCACGCGCUUUGCGCUCGAGCCUGCGUUGCGUAACAAGUCAUCCAUCCUCAUCGAUAUUGACGUCACAACUGCGCCUACGACACGGAGAGCAUCGCCAACAGGGUCACCGACUCGGGACAAAUCACCUCUGCCGAUCACCAGGGAGGAGUUCAAGGAGGAAGGCGACCUCGUUGCGCGCAAAGCGGGCAUCGGCAGCCUCAUGAAAUCCGCCAAGCAGGAUGUCAGUGUACCCGAGUUCGACAUGAAUGCAUUCUUCUGAUACCCUCCUCGGGUUUUUGCGUAUGAUUCGUACACGAGUUUGUGUCAGGCUCACGCGGAGACCGCUCGAACAUGCGAUGAAUGUUUUCCUGUGACAAGUACAGUGAUGAAAUGUGUCUUCCUACUUCCUAUACAUGAAUUGGACGUAAACGGCGACCAAACCAACACCAGCAUGAAUAUGCGUAAAGACGUAAUCGAAUACCUUCAACAGGGCAGAGAUAGAUUAUCUAAGCCUCGACUUGAACGUCGCGCUUCUUAAGCACGAGCUCCUUGCCACCGAAGAUCCUCUUCCAGACGUCGUGCACAUCGUCAACGACGGUCUCGAAAUGGGAGGUCGCGUCGUACGAGCGGGUGAUGAAGAUGUUGUCCGUCUCGCCCGUAGAUGUAGGGGUAUACAACGAGGAAACCGAAACAAACUUCUCGUGGAUGGGGCCGAGGAGCGCAAGACCGGGCUGGAUCUCCUGCUCGGGCCGGUCGGUCUCGACAACAGUAGAGACAAUCGCGACGUAGACGUCCUUUGCGCAGACAUUGUGGGUGGAAGACACCAACGCGACGUAGAUGUCGUUGCGGCGGCCAACCUGGUUCUGGGGAAUGAUAAUCUGUGCGGAGUCCGCGUCGUCUGUGCCGGGGAUAGGGUGCUUGAGGAAGCAGAUCGCACGAACAACCUUGCCCUCCUCGAUGACGCGGACCUUCCCGCCUUCCUGGGCCUUACCGGCACCGAAGUAGCUGGGGUCACCAACGACCUGCUUGGCCUUGACAGUCUCGUUGCCGGAGCGGACGCCGACGAACUUGCCAUCGGCGUCUGUGACGAUCUCGUCGAUGGGCUUGUCGAGCAUGUAUGUACCGCCGUAAAUGGCACUCAGACGGGCGAACGCCUGGGGAAGCUCGCCGAGACCAUAGAGGGGGUAGAUGUACGGUGAUUUUCCAUAGCGAGCCAUAGAAGAGGUGUAGAGGACGAUACGCUCGUAGGUUGGCCGUGCAGGCUUCUUCUUGUAGUCGUCGUCAAGGUAGAGCGCCAUGGCAUGACCAAUGAAAUCUUGGGUUCCAGGUUCGAGGCCGAACUUCUCAUAGACGGUAGACAUGGUGUCCUUGUCCAAAUCGAUGCCCUGAUGAGUCGCCGGAUCUUCAUCCUUCCAGGUCUGGAGGAAUUCAAAAAAUUUCUUUGCCCUCCGCUUCUCAAAGAGACCCAUGAGCGGGCUCUUGACCGCCUCCAUCUCCGUACUGGGGACCUUGCUGAUCUUGCCAUCGCGGUAAACGAAGCUGCCCGCGAUCUGCUUGAACUCGAGGUAACGUGUCACAUCGGUAUGGACCAGGAUGCGGGUGAGCUCGCCGGACGCGAUAAUGAAUUUAGGGAUGAGGUCAACCGCAUAGUCGCGGUCGCGACCGAGGUCCUGGGGAGGAGAGGCGCCAUCACGGAACUUGCGGUAGAGCUGAGUGAGGUUCAGGGAAGCACUGUCGCCGCCGUAGUAGUCAUUGCGGUCCAUGUGGAGGACCUUCUUGCCCUCAACAGACAGGAGACCAGACAGAAUACAUUCGGUCAAGCCGGUACCGAGAACGAUUACAUCGUACUCUUCAUCCAUGGUGGUCCUGAGGGGUCGUUAGGCGGUGAGCAGAGAUGAUGAG